GAACUGGGGUUGGACUUGGGAGCUGCAUUAACCUUUGAAGCGAAAAUCAGAUUUGUUCAAACUUAAUUAAAAAGAGUGCAAAUUCAUAGUACGGUUGAAGGCUGCACUCUGUGAGAGUAAGUGCGAACAUUAAUUUGGAUCGCUCGAUCUUUUUCCAACAAUUAAGCUCAAACUCUGCAAAAUACAUCCAUCCGGAUCCGUCUUCAUAUUUCAGAGAGGGAGAUGGAGAGAGAGGGGGAGGUUCUACAUUUCCUCCACGAGCAUCCGUUGAUCUUCAAUGAAGAGCUAAACAAGGACCGUGUUGGAAGAAUAUUUUGCCAUGGGUGCGAAGAACAAAUAUCGGGUCCUAAUUAUAGUUGCGAAGAGUGUUCUUGGUUCAACCUUGACAAAUCAUGUGCACAAUUGCCCCGCGAGUUGGAGCAUCCGUUGCACCCCAGACAUCCCCUUCUUCUCACGAAUUCCUAUUCCUUAGAGGGGGAAAUCAAGUGCGAAGGUUGCAAUACAGAGGAGGAUCUACGGGGCUUCAUUUACCAUUGUUCUCACUGUAAUUUUAGCCUUGAAACUAAAUGUGCUUCUCUACCGCUAACCGUCCAAGCUGAAAUUCAUCAUCAACACCUAUUGACCCUCGUGCGGAAGUCUAUCUCUUUCACUUGCAACGCCUGUGGGGAAGAAGGCAAAGGUAUGUUUUACUUGUGUGCUAUCUGCCCAUUCUUGGUUCACCUACAAUGUGCUUCCUACUCAUUGCUUGUCAAAAUUAUCCGUCACAGCCACCCUCUUCACCUCACCAAUUCCGUUCAACAUCCUCAGCUCAAUCAAUCUGACCAUCGACUUUGCCUGCUCUGUGUUAAAAUGGUGAAUACAAACUACAUGCUUUAUUAUUGCUCUACUUGUGAUUUCGUUACCCAUCUUCAUUGUGCUGCAAAUAAGCUAAUGUGGGAUGAAACAUCUGUGCCGGAAUCUAGUGAUACGGAGUCCACUGAAUCAACAAGUACGCUAAAAUGCGAAGAUUCAUAUGUUGUCAAGAAAUUCAAACUAGGAGAGGACAAAGUUGAAAUAGCUGUGGAAAUCAAACAUUUUUGUCAUGAGCAUGACUUAAAGCUUAUUGAUGAGCAGCUUGAUAAUGAAGAAAAAUGUGACGGGUGUGUGUGGCCUAUCUACCCUCCAUUUUAUACUUGUACUCCAUGCACAUUCUUCCUCCAUAAAUCUUGUAUUGAAUUACCUAGAAAAAAGGCACACCCACUUCAUCGGCAUUCCCUCGUUCUCCUCCCCGAGACACCUUAUGUUGGUAAGUGUUGUGGUUGCAAUGCUUGUAACCGAAAGUGUAAUGGCUUCGUCUACCAUUGUGACAAAUGCGACUUCGACCUUGAUGUCCAUUGUAGUUUGAUAUCUGACAUCCUUAACCACGAAGGUCAUGAGCACCGACUAAUUCUCUACAGCACAUCAAAUUAUGAAAAGUGCAGUUCUUGUGAUUUUGAAGGAAUAAUCUUUCGUUGCCCUAAUUAUGAAUUUACUCUAGAUUUUCGAUGCGCUACACUACCACUUACCACAAAAUACGGACCGUACAAACAAUCGUUCGCUCUUUGUUAUGAAGAUGAAGAUGAUUGUGAUAAUAAGUAUUAUUGUGAUAUUUGUGAAGAACCACGAGAUCCAAAACAUUGGUUCUACUAUUGUGCAGAUCUCGAAUUUCCUGCUCAUCCAGAUUGCAUUCUUGGAAAAGAGCCAUUAAUGAAGUUUGGGAGGACUUAGCAGUUUGGCACGCACGAACAUCCCCUCACUUUUGUUGACAAGAGCAAAGGCGUUCAUCCUCCAUGUAAUAAAUGUGGUCAUUCUUGCAAUGAUUGGACUUUUGAAUGUGUCAAAUGUAAUUUCAAUCUUCAUCAUUUUCAAUUGUGCUUACUAUGAUUGGUGUUUCGGUCUUUCUAGCCGGUGUCAAUUGUAAUUUCUAGUUGG